AUGUGUUCAUGUACGAAGAAGCACAACCCGAACCACGUGAAGCGGCCGAUGAACGCCUUCAUGGUGUGGUCACAGAUGGAGCGACGCGAGAUCGUCAAGUUCGCGCCGGACAUGCACAACGCCGAGAUCUCCAAGCAGCUGGGGAAGCGGUGGAAGAAUCUGACGGAGGACCAGCGGCAGCCGUAUAUCCAGGAGGCGGAGCGGCUGCGGCAGCUGCACAUGCAGGAGUACCCCGACUAUAAAUACCGGCCUCGCAAGAAGACAAAGUCCGGCAGCAGCGCCAAGUCGGUGGAGAAGGGGCGGGUCACCAAAGCCAAGGACAAGACGAGCAGCGCCGGCAGCACCGCCCUGAAGGCCGUCAAGCUGACCGCCGACCCGUCGCGGGCGCAGUUCACCACCGGCAUCUCCGCCAUCAACCACAACAAGCUCAAGCUCAAGCUCAAAAUCGAUAAGAAGUUCAAGGACUCGAUCCGCAACACCAUGUACGUGCCCAUCUCGCAGUGCACGUCGCCGGCGGAGGUGCCCGCCACGCCCCACGAGAUGCCCGCCUCGCCCGAGAGCGCCUCCCUGUACGACAGCCACGUGAGCACCACCUCGUCCAGCAGGAGCAGCAGCCGCGCCGCGUCCACCAGCCCCUCGCCGGGCAAGGAGCCCUUCCUCUACGGCCUCUACACCAUCGAGAGCGCGCCGGGGCUCACCUCGCUGCGGCCCGAGUCGCUCGUGUCGUCCACCACCGUCACCUCGGCCGACGACGACGACGACGACGAUGACGACGACCACGACCACGACGACAAGGACGACGACGUGGACACCAAGGAGGACGUGCUGCUGUACAGCCGGAAGCGCCACACGGUCCGCGACGAGGUGUUCGCCCCGCGCCCCUUCCUGCCCAGCUCCCUGUCGGCGUCCCGCGCCGCCGACCCUCCGCCCAUCAAGAUGGAGCCCCUGGACAUCAAGCAGGAGCCGCCCUCGGAGUCCACCCUGGCCGACCUGGACUCCCUCACCGACCUGCUGCAGAUGCCGACGGACUUCAAGGUCGAGGUGGACGAGAUCAACUCGGACCUUGACUUCGACGCCGUGUCCACGUCCUCGGGCUCCCACUUCGAGUUCUCGGACGUGUCGGACAUGCUGAGCGACAUCGGCGUCAGCAACGACUGCUGGGCCGACAUCGGCAUCAUCAACUGCUGAGCUCGCACGGCGCCCGGCAGCAGGAGACCCUGUUGCCCGCUGAGUUGAGUUUGUUUGAUAUUGCAAGGAGCCAGCGGGCGUGGCCAGCGGCCGACGCCUGCGGGCGACCAGUGACGCCGGGCUCCAGAGGCGGUGAUGAUCUCCUUGGUGUUUGCGAGUGCAAGAGUCAACCUUUAUAUACUUGGACGUUGGCGGCGACUGUGGAGUUGAGUGAAGCAACAUGUGUGCUAGAGUAGUGAUGUGACUCACAUUUCACUGUGUGAUUCUUUAUGUUAUACAUAAGUUACUACUCAUAGGAAUCAUGAUAUAUAAGAUGAUUGACUUCUUUUUUUCAAUGUAUUCAAUUUUUAGUCAUGUAAACCUAUAUAAAAUGCCACAAUAGUGUUGCAAGUGCCAGUUCUGCAGGUGUGAUAAGCAGGUGUACAAUGAAGACAAGACUUUGCGUUCUUCACCUGUACAACACCCGUCAUAGGACAUAAUGUUAAGUGCAUUUCCUUUUUAUGAGCUGAUCUGUUAUGUUGUCAUUUCAUCGCCAUAGUGACUACAUAAAUCACUUCAUUUCAUCAUUUUAUACCAUAGCAGUUGAAGCAUUUUUCUAAAGCCAAACCCCUUGGACUCCAUGUCAACUGCCCAUAAACAAAAACCAAUGCAAAACAAACUUGUAGUAAUCAUGGUACCUAUGCCAUUGACAUCACUUGAAUCGACCUUUACAGAAUAUUGCCACAUCCGGGAUUCAUUAUUCAGUCAGGGCGGAGAAGUGAAAAACAAAAGAAAAAGAAAACGAGACAGGUAACUCAACUAGAAGAAAUAACGAGAAAAUCAGGUGAUGGCACCCUCAGGGCGAUCCUGGGUGAGAUCUCAUCCUCACUAUAAAGAUCAAGUGAUGGCAGUGGCAUCCCCGACCAUCAGUACUUUGGAAUCUGUGGCAUCGCUUGGGGGUUGAGUCCCAAGAAUAAAAAAAAAACGCAACAAGGGAGAAGCCACUGAGGGCCGAAGCUUAAUGUCCCAGUGCGGGUGAUGACUUCGCUGAGGAAGGCAAGACGAGGCCGAGUCUCAAGCUUCGUUCUCUUGUCAGUGAGCGGAGUAAUUUUACCUCUGAAGAAUUAGGUCCAUAUACCCCCACCCCCAUUGCCCCCAACCCCUUAUCUCUAGUCUGUAUGUUCAGGUUAUUCCAAAAAAAGAAAAGAAUAAAAAAACGUAUGUUAAUUGAUCAACAACGUUUUCCACAACGCAUCGUAAUGGGCAUUUAGUCUUUAAAAAACGUUUCUACACGAUUCAUGCAGUACACAACUGAAGGGCCUGGGCAAAAAAGGAGCUGUUGUCUACAUUAGAGUGCAAGUCCAAACUUUUUUUUUUCAAAUCUCUUUUAGAAGUGACUCAAUUCACUCUUGUUGAUAUUUCUCCCGCUUUUCCUGUUGGUAUUUCUGCGACAGAGUUGGCUUGUUGAAAGCAUCACACCCACCUCCCCGGCCGAGCCUCCAGCUCACCAAGUCUCAGCCAGUUACUCUGAGGAUCUGUCUUGCGCACAACGGAAAAGAUGUAUUAUUUUUGUGACGGGGCUCUGCGCAGCACUGUCAUCGUCCCAGCGCCCUCCAAAACAGGUUCCACCCACUAAACCACCCGGUUUUUCAUAUAUAAAUGAUAUAUAUGAAUAUAUAUAGUAAUCGACUUUUUGUACUAGUAUUAAUGCAACGAUGCGAGCCCGGGGGCGCGAGGUGCGAAGCUGGGCGCCGCGGCGGGGCCGUCUCCAUGCGGCGGCGUGGGGCGAGGCCGCAGGGACGCGCCUCGCCAAGCGCCGCGCAUGGACGUGGUCGUAGAGUCACAGGAGGCCGGCUUCGCGUACCGAAUGCCUCGAGGUUUGUAUCACCAUAGACUGCCGAUCGUCGGAUACACACAUACAUUACACAUAUACCCUCUGUCUUUCCUAAGUAAGUAAAUGAAAAAUCUGCAGGUACGGCGCAUUACCAUUACGGUGUGAGAGAAUUUAGCGCUUCCGACGUCGCCAGCAGCUUCUGACGGUGCACUUUCGCAGUGUUGUCAUUUAGGAAAGCGCACCGCGCCGAAGGGCCUCCAGAUGGACGGACAGAUAAUUCCUCUCACACGUUCUCCUUUUUUUUAGUAACUGCAUUAUCUCAUGUCUCGUAAUAUAGUGUCAUCGGCUAAGACUGUGAACCCCGUCGUUCUCAUGAUCGGAAAGUGAUUCGAAGGCGGUUUCAUUAAAACAAGGAAACGAGAUUAAAGGAAGCCGCCAAGUGGUUUCCAAUGCUCGCCAGAACCCCUUGAGAACUGCUCUUCACUCGUGAGAAACGGCCGUCACAGUGUUGGAUCCUGUCAAUAACAGCCAUUCAUGUGCUUUUGUAACAUUUUUAUUUCUCUCUGUAACCAACUCAGUGCUAUAGGGUAACUCUUACAGAAUAACAUUAAGGGUAAACAACAAUGAGGCUCUUGACAGAUCUGGUGAUAGCUUUCUCAUAAUCCAAAUGUAAUACUAUUUGUAUUGCUUGCCUCCCCCCUCCUGUUGUUCCUUGUAAACUGAUUGUUCAUAAUUGUGUUUUUGUAACGUCCUAACUGGUGUUUUGAUUUGAUGGCUGUAAGUUUAAAAAGUUUGUCCUACGGGAAUGUUGUGGGUGGUCUCUCUUUAUAUAUACUGGACACUGAUUAGGGGAAACAUCGGGGUGUAUGCAAGGUUCUCUCCGGAAACCCAUUAUUGUUGAAUAUUUUGUACCACAAGGAAGGAGUCCACUUUGCAUACACUUUCCUCGAGAGUUCUCCCCCGCCCCUCCCCCCCUCAUCAUCACCUUUUUGUACACCCGGGGGAGGUUUGUAGACGCUACUUGGAGACGCCAUUGGUCGAGUGGGACAAGAGGUCGUCCCUAGCGCCCUCUUGCAUUUCUAGGUAGCGUUAUCCGAAUGUAAGAAGAAAGAAAGAAAAAAAAAACUUUCAAAAACCGUUCCAUGGUUCCAGAGGCCUCAGAAGAACUCGAGACCCUCUUGAAUGGUGAGUUAGAGCAAUAAGGUGAAUUUUUUGUAGGUGUUUUAUAAUGUACUCCGUCGUUAUUUGUCAUGUUUGAUGAACUAUCUACUCGAAGCAAGUUUAGAAGGAAGGAGAGUGCCGGCAACAGCUAAACCGUAAUCCAGUGCACGGCCUCUUUGUCACAGCUGUCUUAUGGGUACUUGAGACUUCCCUCGCGUAUACUGUGUGUAGUCCGAGGUUGCAUGAGCCUCCCUCUCUUAGUUGCAGGCGUACGGAGGUUAUUAUGUGUAUUCCUGGUCAGUUGGAAGGGUGAGAGAUUUGUACAUCAUUUAGAUAUAAGAGAAUGAGAGAGAAAAGAACAGAUGCAGAAAGUUGGAUUUCGUCUUCGUUUAGCUGUUAAAGGAUAAUAUUAAAAUCACCAGCUACAACUUCAGUGUCACCACAGAAAGUAGAUAGUAGCCGUUAAUGACUAUUUUUUAAUCUGUUUCUGAGAACCCUCUUAGUGUUUCUAGAACCCUCUAGUUGUUUGGAAUCUUCAUCAUCAGUUCGACAGCAGCGGCCACGCUCUCUGCUGUUAAAGAAAUAACACUUUCAUCAUAGAUUUCUAGAAAACUGUAUUUAUAGAAACAAAAAAAAACUACUAGAAACAUUAUCGUAAUCUUCUUCUGUUCUUCUUUUGGACUACUUACUGUGCAAAAGAACAAGAAAACUAGCAGUAAAAGAACCUUCUAGCAAACUUAGCCGGCAUCGUCGCCCGCGUCUUCCUGAGAGAGUACAAUAUCGCCUCCUUCAUGCCAGGUCGUGGAUCACAGGAUGGGAGUUCCUUUUACGCGUCGCCGCUGCCGCCGCCGCCGCCACCUCAGGAUCUUCUUGCUCUUAGUCUUGCCAAACCUCCUGCCCCCCCCCCCCUUUCCCCCUCCUCAUCUCUCCCUCCCACCUACCCCCCCUUUCCACACUUCGCUUCCCCCUGGCUCCUCGUGGCUCGGCAGGAGUGCCACGGGAUUCGCUCUCUGCUGUGACUCGCCCCUCCGUUCGGAUCAGUUUCAGUUUCCCCUUUUUUGCGUGGGGGGGGGGGGGAGAGAGGGAGGUAUUGAUGAUUCAGUUUGUUAUUCAAUAGUCACGGUUACGACUUCUUUUGAAUGCUUACUACGACUGCCGUAACUACUACUACUACUACUACUACUAAAACUACUACUGCCAUUGUCGGUUUAUAAUCCUUCCCCCCGAAUCGUUUCCAGUAGUAUUACCGUAUGAAUUAUCCACCUCUCGUUCCAGUCCUUCCGAAAGCCGUUUUCCGGUCACGGCGACUCGAACCCGGUGUCUGCGAUCUAGUCGUGCAAAGGAAAUCGCCUCUUGUUGUCCUGGUCGAAACUCGCGCCCGAUCUCUUUCCUGAUCCCAAUCCCGACUCUUGCCCUUCCCUGUUCCCUUAUUCCCUAGUCCCUACCUUGUCCCUGUUCCCUUAUUCCCUAGUCCUUGCCUUGUCCCUGUUCCCUUAUUCCCUAGUCCUUGCCUUGUCCCUGUUCCCUUAUUCCCUAGUCCUUGCCUUGUCCCAAUCUCUGAACCUAAUCCCGAAUAUUCUCUUGACCUUUCCUUCUUCUUUCGCCAGUGUCGCUGUUUUAACUGACAGACCGAUCGAUCAAAUAUACUCAAGUCAUUCCAAACAUCUUUUAUUAUUAUUAUUAUUAUUAUUAUUAUUAUUAUUUUGUUUUUGUUAUUUUUUUGAGAGGGGAGCAGGGCAUCAACGACGACGAUCGAAUUGAUUAAUAGUGAAUCUAAUUAUUUGAAAGGAGCCAAAAGGCGCUGUUUUGUUUUCGUUUCGUUUCGUUCCGUUCCGUUCUUUGGUCUUUCGUUAUUGUUGAUGUUUUCCGGUUUUUUUUCUUUGUUUUCUCACCAGAAGCGACUGAAACAAGAUAUGUAAAAAAAACAUGAAAUUUGUUAACAGAUCGAUAUGUAGAAAUUAUAUACCGUCUAAAACAAAACAAAACCAAAAACAAACAAACAAAAAAUGCGAGUGGCGAAGCAGCGUGCGAUUUUCAAUGUCGGGAUUUUUUUCUCUCUUUUUCUUUUUUCUUUUCUUUUUUUUCUCUUGAACAGCGGUUUUCUCAGUGGUUCACGUCAGGGUUCCCCUUGGUUUGGGGUUCUGACAUUGUGUUUAUUUUCCCUUUCCUUUUUUGUAUUUACUUUUUUUUUCUUUUUCCUUUUUCUUCUUUUUUUUCCUUUUACUUUUCCCUCAUGGGUUUUUUUUUCAAAUCUUACUUCGUGAAGAUUAGUAUCCUCUUUUUUUCCAUAUAUAUAUAUAUCUCUCUCUUUCUUCCGUUCUUUUGGUUUUAAGUAUUAUUCCAGUCCCUCGUUUCUUUCUCCUGUUGAACUAUGUCUGUCACUGUGUUACCUCCGACUAACUCGUCAACGUUCCUGGUAGAGAAAAAAAAACAUAAGUUAUUCUCAUUGAAAUAUUAUGGGCGUGACUCCCCAUCCGACCGUAAAAUCCGACGUGAUUUGCUGCAGUAACGUUAUCCUUCGCAGUGAAAAUGGUCAGCUGACUGUUCGUGGGUUUUUAAGACUUUUUUCCACAACGAAUAUUCUAUGACUGUAUCUCUCUUUUUUUUCUGUUUUUCCUUUUUUUUGUUGAGAUUUUUUUCUUUCUUUAUUUUCCGUGUUGGUCACUCUUUCUCUUAAAGUUUAUUUUCUCACCGAAAAAAAAACAAGUUUAAAUAUUUUAUUGAAAGUUAGAUUUUAAUUAUUUUUAGUCCCGGUUAAGAAGAAGAAGAAAAAAAUGUAGAUUUGAAAAAAAAAAAACAAAUGUUGCAGUUUUAGUUCUUGACCGUUUUGUUUUGUUUUUCUUUUCUCCAAAAAACCUGAGCAUCCAAGAGUCGCCCUAUCCGGCUAUUCCCAUGUCGAGUAGCUUUGAUGGAGUGAAUAUUUCCCCCCGAUACACAGGACGCUCGAAAACAAGGCUGUUGUAGUAAAAAUAAAAAAAAAAGAGAAGAAAAAAAGUUAUUCAGCUGUCACCACCAAGCACAAAACUGGAGACGACCCAGGUUGACCUCGGCUGACAGAGGAGGAGACCCGCGAAGGCCUUUGAGAUUUGAGGUCUUUGCUGGGUCGGAUUGGCCAGUCGAGGAUUACGUGGCGUCCUCCACUAUGUUAUAUAUAUAUAUAUAUAAAUAAUUACCCCAGUGAAACCCCCCAUAACCUCUCUUUUUCUAACUGGUGAACCCAGAGUGGUGUAUGUAUGUUUUCUACUUGCCAUACAUUUUAAUUUGUUUGUUAUACCGAUGUACUUGGUCACAACCUUUGUUUUGAAAGCUAGUUGGUUGUUUUUUUUCUUGCUCCCCCCCCCCACCUCCCCCCACCUGUCUCUCUCUGCCGUCCUUCCUUUGAUCUCGGUAUGAUGUCCUUUGGCCGUUCAGGUGAUUUACGCAUCCCCCUCAUUUGGUGUCGAUUUCUUUCCACCCCAUUGGUUGUAUAGUAUGCUUUUGUUCACAUAUCAUUAAAUCAUCAUCAUCUGAAGCUCUUAUACACUUCGUCUGGAUUGCAAGAGAAAUUUACUAGGUAAACAUAAAUGAGUAAGGUAGUGGAGUUCACUGCUCCUUUCUUCUCAUGUCUUGCUACUGGUGCAUUAUGAUCUCUUUGGUCAAUGAACAUCACUGUGAAUUAAGCAUGGAUAUUUUUUUUUCUCUCAUAAAUAUAUAUAUAUUGAUGUUGGCAUACAAGGAGGCCUGUGCUACCUGGCAGAGAGUCAUCUAGUCUAGACACUCCUGAUCGUAUGGUUUUCGUUGUUCGAACAGGCCGUGGAAGCGAAACGUGGAAACAAGUUUGUAAACAUUUUGUUAGUGUUCUUGUGACAGUCAGACAGCCGUGUCGUGCUUGCUACUCACUGUUCAAUCAGGUAAAAGUGAUACAGGCGCAGUGUGCAAAGCAUGGUGACGUAUACAGCGUUCGGUGUUGUGAGCAUGAUUUUGAUAUUUUAGGGAAGCGACUUUUCUCGGUUGGGAUAGAGCUUUUGUUGGGAGAAUCUGUACGGAUUCUCUCUGUGAUGAAAGCCAUACAUACACAUUAAUGAUUUCAUCGUUCCAUUCCGCUUUUGUAUUUUUUGUACUUUUCAGGCAACAUGUAUGUAAAACAAACAUAGAUCACAUGCAUUAUUAUCAUUAUUCCUGUCACAGAGAUCACACAGAACAAGAGAAACAACACCCAAUGCUGUAUAUGUCCAUCAUGUUCAACCCACUCUGGAAUAAUUAAAAAAAAAACUAUAAAUAAACAAUUUCAAGAAGAAUUUUCCUCUUGGAAAAAAAAUGAAGCCUUAGACAUUAAUUCAAGGCAGCUAGCUAGUCAGACGAUCAUUGAGGGUCGUAUUAAGUAACCAUAUUUCCAGAACACAGGACUUACUCUCAUGGCCCGGCAGGUGACCACGACGAGCACGAGGGGGGAGGGAGAGAACCCCACCCCCCAUCUGGUUGGUCUUGUGGGGGGGGAGGGAGGGGGUUCGUGGAAGGCCGUCUCUCUUUUUUUUUUCUUUUUUUCUUUUUUUUUUGUCCCAUUGGUAUGCCGGAAAAAAAGGAAGAGAAAGUUAAAAAAAAAAAAAAAGACUUACGAAAUGAGUUCUGUCCUCACUCUCCAAGUAUGGUUCACGAAUAAGGCCCUUAUGUUUGCCUCUCAAUCUUUUCUCUGUACAUAGCGUUAAAGGAUGUUUUCCUAUUAUUAUUAUUAUUAUUAUUAUAAUUAUUAUUAUUAUGAUUUUCCAUUUCAAUGUGUUGGUGGUUGUAUAUAAAGUGUAGCGGGUCCUACGCCCCCCCUCCCCCCGUAAACUAUUUAGGAAAGACCUUAUAUCUGUACAGACUUCCGGUACACCACCUUAAACUUAGUGUACAGGACAAAAAUAUGUAAAUAUGAAUUAUUAUGUGAAUAAGAUAACCGCGUUGAUUUGUAUAUUGACUGUUUUCUUUUUUUUUCUCUUAUUUUUUUUUCUUUUGUCAUUUCUCACAUCACUGUUAACCAAAAAAAUGUGAAAAAAGUCCCGAGAAAGUCGGUGCAAGUUAAAACAAAAAAACCCAAGUAUAAUAUUAACGAAAAAUAAAUAAAAUAAAAUAAUAAUAUGCGCCCAAUGCCAUUUUUUGCGCCACCAAAAAAAAUAUAUAAAAAUAAUUAAAAAAAAAAGGUUCGCAGACUUGUUGUACGCAUAAAUAAGGUGGACUUGUGAAUGACAAGGACCGCAGGUAGAGUUUUUCAAUUGUACAAAGUGUAUUUUUAUUAGCAACUUAUCCCAUGAAAUACAAAGUGUUUGAUAGAAAA